UGUUUUUUCCUAAAAGAAAAAAGAGAAGGACAAAACUUACAAGCUAAAACUCUUCUUCCCUUAAUCCUCUUCACCACAUUCGAAGGGAACGUUACAAAAAACACCAAAAUUUUCUCGUGUGUCGAACAAGCUAAGAUAAGAUCUUUCCUUUCAUAUAUACAUUACUACACUUCUCAUCAUCACUCUUCUCUUUCACUCAUUCACUUUAUAUAAUUCCUUCCACAUUGAGCACCCUAAUUACCAUGGCUACACUGAAACAACCUUCAUUGUUUGUCACAUUGCUGGCACUUCUGGCGGUGUCUCUUUUCGUGGCUCCGACAACCUCCACUUCCAGAAAAAACCUCAAGCACCACCCUUGUCCUACAGAUGGGUUCCGAGUCAAGCUUCGCCACGUUGACUCGGGGAAAAACCUGACCAAACUAGAGCGUGUGCAACACGGGAUGAAGCGUGGAAAGAGUAGGCUUCAGAGGCUAAACGCAAUGGUGUUGGCAGCUUCAACCGCACCGGAUUCUGAUAAGUUGGAAGCCCCUACCCAUGCAGGGAAUGGAGAGUACUUGAUGGAGUUAGCCAUAGGAACUCCACCACUGUCUUACCCUGCGGUUUUGGACACCGGCAGUGACCUCAUAUGGACACAAUGCAAGCCUUGCACACGAUGUUACAAGCAGCCAACACCAAUUUUCGACCCCAAGAAGUCCUCUUCGUUUUCCAAGGUCUCAUGUGAUAGCAGCUUAUGCAGUGCUUUGCCUUCAUCUACAUGCAGUGAUGGGUGUGAGUAUGUGUAUUCAUACGGUGAUUAUUCAGUUACACAAGGGGUGUUGGGCACUGAGACCUUCACUUUCGGAAAGUCCAAGAAGAAAGUUUCGGUUCACAACAUUGGUUUUGGUUGUGGGGAGGAUAACGAAGGUGAUGGGUUUGAACAGGCCUCGGGGUUGGUGGGGCUUGGACGUGGUCCUUUGUCUUUGGUUUCUCAACUGAAGGAACCCAGAUUUUCUUAUUGCUUGACCCCAAUAGAUGACAGAAAAAAGAGUGUUUUGUUGUUAGGGUCUUCGGCAAAGGUGAAAGAUUCAAAAGGGGUGACAACUCCUCUUAUCAAAAACCCUUUGCAACCUUCUUUUUACUACCUUUCUCUUGAAGGUAUCUCUGUGGGGGACACUAGAUUGCCCAUUGACAAGUCCACUUUUGAGGUGGGUGAUGAUGGGAGUGGAGGUGCGAUCAUAGAUUCUGGCACCACAAUCACGUACAUUGAAGAAAAAGCCUUUGAUGAACUGAAGAAAGAGUUCAUUUCUCAAACCAAGCUUCCUGUCGACAAAAGUAGCUCAACUGGGUUGGAUCUUUGUUUCUCUUUGCCAUCAGAUUCAACAGAAGUGGAAAUUCCGAAGCUGAUUUUCCACUUCAGCGGUGGGGAUUUGGAGCUGCCCGCUGAGAACUACAUGAUUGGUGACUCCAGCUUGGGAGUGGCUUGCUUGGCCAUGGGUGCUUCCAGUGGAAUGUCUAUAUUCGGGAAUGUUCAACAGCAGAACAUUUUGGUGAACCAUGAUCUCGAGAAAGACACCAUUUCUUUUAUCCCUACGUCCUGUGAUGAGUUGUGAGGGUGUGUUGUAUACACUGAUUCUUAGUACAUGCUUUUGUUGCUUUGUUUGUUUAAUGUUCUGUCGCCAAACUCCUGUUGUUAUGAUUGAAUUUCUUAGUUUUUGCAAUAAUAUCAACAUUGUUAUUGUUUGUCCAA